AUGGACAGCAUUCGCAAGAAUUUACGUAAACUUCCUCCAGGAGCAGUCAUCAAGGUCCUUCGUAAAGUCUUUGCUUAUCCUGCUCCUGCUGCACGAAUGAUCCUUAAUGAUAUUACGCGCCCACGCAAAUCGCAUAAACCCUGGAUUCACAAAGUCCCUUGGAAUCAAGCUUGGUCAGGUUGCUGGAUCGGUGAACAAGUCUAUAAGCUCGAUGAAAUUGCUCUCAAACGACGUAUCGAUCAAGCAGACAUUAUUUUCUUCAACGUUCAUGGCGGUGGUUUUCGUUUAGGCACUGCAACAAUGUACAUGGAUACAUACAUUCGUUGGAUCACUUUUCUCAAGAAAAAGUACAAUCUCAAUGUGAUGAUCAUGUCGAUUGAUUACAGAUUGGCACCCGAAUACAAGUAUCCCAGCCCAGUCGAGGAUGUAGUCAAGGCCUAUGAGCAUCUUGUCAAUGAUCUUCAUGUGGAUCCUGCCAAAGUGGUCGUCACUGGUGAUUCGGCUGGUGCAUCCUUGACCUUGGAAAUGUUGUUCUUGACGCACGACCCAAGCAUGUUUGAGAUUGUCACGGAUGAUCCUGAUGAGGAAGCUGCCGAAGGACCCUUGGUAAGCGAGUUGCCGCGACCUGCAGGUGCUGUCUUUGUUUCCCCCAUUGUUACGGAUGAGACGACUUCAGAAUCCUGGCGUGAGAAUACAAAAUACGAUUUCAUUUCACAACACACAGCCAAGGUCAUCAAACGCGACUAUUUUGAAAAGAUGCCAAAGGAUCCUGAUGGUCCUAUGGAACAAUCCCAAGUCCUUGGUAUUGCAAAACUCCAAACAGGUUUCCAGGCCUUCCUCCCCCCACACGUGCUCAUGUAUGUGGGUGACAAAGAGGUGCUACGUGAUGAUUGUUUGGAUUUGGCGGAAAAGGCAGAAAGCGAUGGCGUCAAUUGGCAAACAGUGGUAGAGGAUGCAGUGCAUGAUUGGUUUUGUGUACGUGAGGUGGUCAAAGACAAGGCGAUCUUGGAUCGAGCGGAUAUUGUGUUUGCCGACUUUUGUUAUCGCGCUGUGGUGGUGCCACGAGAAGGACGUCUUUCCAGUUUCAUUAUGGCAAGCAAUCGUACAAGUGAAGGAUUAGAAGCAGUUCCUGAAGGUGAUGAGGAUCAAGUGGGCUCUGAUGAAGAUGAUGACGAGUUUCAUGAAGCACUCUCAACAACCGAUACAGAAUUGGAGGCAACCAUCUUGAAACAAUUGGAUGAACAAAUGCCACCUACACCCAACUCGAGAAGUUCCACCUUGACGGUUUACGUCUAA